CACAAAGUGAUAAACAAGCCCUCAAUUAGGUGGCAGACAUCAGACACACCCCUUUCCUUCUGAUUGACCACAUGGACUGGAAAAAGACUGCAGCUGUGUAAACUUCUGCUAAGAGUCUGUUACCUUGAGUUUGUGCUGUGAUGCCUAAGCAGGCAAAGUAUGGCAACAAUAAAGAGGUAGAAAGACUGAAGGGACAACGCAAAAAGGCACAGGACAAGGGUGACAUCACCGAGGAGGCCAAGAUAUGCAACACCAUUGGAGAGCUCUAUGCUGAAGACGGAGACCACAGUCAUGCCUUGGUCUACCAUCAGACGGAGCUGUCCCUGUCCGAGGGGGGUGGGGACCAACUGGGGGCGGCCAUUGCCCAUCGGAGGAUAGGGGAGUGUCACUGUGAGAUGGGCAACUAUCGUGAGGCUCUCUCACAUCAAAACAAACACUUGGAGAUCUCAAAACAACUAGGUAAUCUGGCGGAGGAACAGAGAGCAUUAGCCACAUUGGGACGGACUUACUUUGUCCACUCACAGUCCGAGCUCGAGAAGGGUGGAGAGAAAGUAACAAAGCUGCUCAGACAAGCAUCACUAGGGUACCAACGCAGCUUGGAUGUGUGCGACAAGCUGAUUGGUCAGAUUUCCGAUCGAGAGGUGUUGGAAAUGAAGUCCCGUCUCUACCUCAACCUCGGUCUCGUGUAUGAGAUUCAGUCUGAUACGAGAGAAGCUCGCAAGUUCAUGGAAAAGGCUCUCUCCAUUGGCAAGGAGCUGGGCCACUCCAGUACCGUAUUUAAGUGUCAAUUUGACUUGGGGUCGCUUCAUCUAAGAGAGCACCAUCCCUCAUUAGCCCUCGGCUGUCUCAGGGAGGCAGCAAAGGUUGCUAGAGAUAAAAGGAAUCAGCAGUGGGAGGCAGAGGUCCUCAGGGAAAUGGGACAAGCUUUUGCUCAGCUGGGUGACUUUGAGAACGCCAAGUCCUUGUUCAAGAAGGUGGCGUCCAUGACUAAAGUGCAGCUGGAGGAGAGUGAUGCAGAGCAGCUACUGGAUGACCUCAGGGCAGUGCGCAAGAUCCUCCAUUAUUCCGCUGAGGUUGAGAGGGUGGAGUGUGCGAGUGAGAGGCUGGCCCUCUACGACAAACUGGGGGACCUCUGUUGUGGAGUGAGGGCUUUCCCAACAGCUGUCAAGUUUUAUGGGCGACAGCUGAGUCUGGCUGAAUCGCAGGGUCUGGAGCCCAAGCAGCUGUCCCCUAUCUACGUGUCCCUGGCCCGCACUCACACUGACUGUGGCCAAUUCUCUCAGGCACUGCUCUAUUACCACAAGGAACUGAACUUGUGGAAAGGCAACAUUAUUGAGGAGUGCGACACUUGGUGCAGUAUAGCAAAGGUGAACCUAGCAGCUAGUCACGACUUCAAAACAGUGUUGGAUGCUUACAAGAAGGCGUACUCUCUAGCUGAGAAAGGAGGCAGUGCCAAGAGACAGGUAUCUCUGUGUAAGUCUGUCUUGAAGCACUGUAAAGGUGUGCCCGACUAUCGCUCGUGGGAGAGCCGACUGGCUAGUCUGGUGACGGCCCACCCCGGUCUAGACGGGGAAACUAGCUCCGAGAGUGAGGAGGAAAGUCAGCCGGGGGAUAGGUCCUCCUCUGAACCACCACCCUCACCACCUUCCUCUGAAUCUGAGGAGGAUGACAGUCCGCUCCUCACUGCCCAGACCAGGGGGGCCACCACCGGAGUAGCUGUCAGGAAGAAAUCCAGGGUGAACAAGCGGAAUGAGAAGGGGGAGACUCUACUCCAUAUGGCUGCUAUAGACGGCAAUGCUGCACUAGUCAAACAGCUGGCAAAAGAGGGUGCAGAAGUGAAUGUUCGUGAUCACUGUGGUUGGACCCCUCUGCAUGAGGCGUGUAACCAUGGUUACCUGGAGGUGGUUCGGACUUUGCUAGACCAUGGGGCAACCAUCAACGACCCUGGAGGUGCUCACUGUGGAGGGGUGACCCCUCUCAUUGAUGCAGUAAUUAAUGGUCAUGUGGAGGUAGUGAGGCUACUGGUGGACAGAGGAGCCGACCUUAGCAUCAGGAAUUCAGAGGGUCACACUGCUCUCUCUGUGGUGAUAGAAAAGCUUUCCUCUGACUCACAAUAUGACCUUCGUGAUGAGCACAUAACGAUCAGGGACAUCCUCAAAACAGUGGGCAGACCAGACAAUGCCAUACAGAGGGCAAAGGUCGAUUUACAAAAGGGCAAGAGAGCUACUUCAAAAGCACAUUCUAGAAGAGAAGCUAUGAGUUCCCGACUAACUGAUCGCACUGGGGCUGGUGUGCUCUACAGUAGUGACGAAGAGGACGCUCCACUCUCUAAACUGUCCAAUCCCUUUGAGCCGUUCACAGUAGAUAGUUCGUUACAGAGCCCAGACUCUCAGCCCGACCCCUCUAGACUGAGCGAGGAGACCAACCAGACAAGCCCUGUCUCACACAAGAAAGGAGUUUUCAACCCUAUGGGUCAGGUUGAGAUUCCCGCCCUUUUAUCAGCUGAGGAAGACUGUGAAGAAAUGAGCACUCUCAACGAUCUACCGGUGAUUGAUGGCUGGUUGGUGGACGAUAUGAUACAUCCCCCUCCUGCUAAGAGGACGAAACAAAAGAGUGGAUUCGAUUCUGAGAAGGAAGGUGCCGUUCGAUUGGAGUCUGCCUUAGGGAGGAGAAAAGGAAGUCAGUUGAGGUUAAAUAAGACACACUCGAAUCAGAGGUCUGCCACUAGUGACAGUCACUUAUCAAGUGCACACAGGGUUAAAGAAACACAUGGUAAAAAUCAUGCUGUUCACUUUGAAGAUGAUAUUCUGUAUGACGAUGUGAUGUUUAAUGAAGACUUUGGUGCAUCUGUAUCUACGCAACAACCAAUCGUAAACGACCACAGCCGUCAACUUUCAUCGAGUGCUACUUCUCUACAUUCCUCCAUUUAUCAUCGAGCUGACCGCGCUCUGUACUCAGGCUCAGGCCCUCUUCGUGUGAAAGUACGCAUCGACUCAAAGUCCCACCUAAUACCUUGUCCCAGGAGACUCCCGGAUGGUAGUGAGCCGACUAUUGAGUGGUUAGUGAAACAAGCUACAGAGAGGUACUACGCACAAGAAGGGGUUCGUCCUGAACUCACUCUGACUACACUGGAUGGUGCACUCCUGGGAUUGUCUGAUGCCAUUGAACAUGUGCUGGGCCCCAACGAGGAAGUGGUGGGUGUGGUCAAACAGUGGCUCCUCCCACCUCUACCAGAGAGGUAUGAGGUGGCAUGUAGGAGCCAACAAAAACAGCCACACAAGUGGGUCCUCUCCCAUCUCCAAUCCCAUCCCAACCUAGCCACCUUUGACCUCUCUGACCACACCCUAUGUCUCGCCCACUAUGGACCACUGUUCCGGGCACUACAAGGGCAGACCUCCCUCACCACCCUCUCACUGUCUGGUAACAGAGUGAAGGAUAAGGGAAUGAAACACCUCACUUCUGCUCUGACUAGUCACAGUAACCUGCAGUCAUUGGACCUCUCGUGUACAGCUAUAACCUCUCAGGGCAUUGAGGAGCUUGCCAUGGGUGAGUGGGCUAAGUUGAGAAUUUUAAACUUGAGCUACAACAGUUUGGGAGCGGCCAGUGGGUUCAGCAUCGGUCGACUGUUGGACAAGACUAGAGAGCUACAAGAGCUAUUCCUGGAGCAUUGUGGACUGUCCAGUCUGACACUGCAACCCAAUUCUGGCCUGUUGGAGAGUGUUAAGAAUUUGUCUGGUCUUCGGUCUCUAUCUGCUGCUGAUAAUGAUUUGGAAGUGUGUGGUGUGUCAGCCCUCAUCUCUGCACUACCCGGAGGGCUCACCAGACUAAACCUAUCUGGUACCUGUAGGCACACGUCUAUCGUACAGGCCCUACAGCAAUCCACACAGGAGUUUAGUGAGAUCUCAAAACAACUUGAAGCUCUAGACCUCUCCCACUGCUCAGUAAAGGAUUCCUGCCUGCCUAGUCUAGUAGCCAUUUUGGAGGGGUGUGUGGUCUUGAAGGAGCUCCGGUUGGCUGGUCUCUUUGGUGGCAACGUGCAGCCUCUGUGUAGGUAUCUCUCCUUGCCGACUCUGAGCCCUCACAUCCAAACAUUGGACCUUGGUGCCUCGAGACUCGGUGGACAUGGACUAGAGCAGCUGCUAUCAGCUCUCGCUCACAGGAGAAGGUUUCUAUCUGGCAUCUAUCAGAACUCAAUUAAACUAUCUCUCUGUCAUUGUGGAAUCGAAGCUCCCUUGCCAGUAAUAGAUGGCAGCAAUGUUGCGGUUGCUACAAAUUCGUCAAUGUUUCUUAAAGCAAAGCAAUCUUGUUCGGACAAAUUUGUAGUGAUGUUGGAAUUAUUUGGCAAUAACAAUUUAGGUAAAACUCAUCUAAAGUCAUGGACUCAAUUUAGUUAAUUACUAAAAUUUUUAUGUAUUCAUAAAAUCUAAUUAAUAACA